AUGUCUAAUUCAAAAGAUGAUCAAAAUAAGGAGAAAAGUGUGAUGAAUUCCAACCGUAGUCCCCCAAGAGAAGCCUCCAAACUACUAUCUCUGGAUGUGACUCAAGAAAUUUCUGGACCUGAAAAUAGUAGUUCUCCAGAUUUCAAAAUCGAUAAAAUCGAUAAAAAUGAAAAUGUCCAUCACCGGAAUACGAUUGUGUUGUCCGGAUACUCAUCGAGAAGAGUCAAAUAUAAAAAAAAUGAGCCCUCCGGCGGAGCAGUUGAUAUCGAUGCAGAUUUGGUGAGAAACGAUAGGACAUUGAGAGAUGAGGAUUGGUUUUUGGAGAAAAUUGAAAAGUGCAAGUCAUCCGCCUUCUGGCCACCUCGUCGUGAAUACUACUUCUUCAUCCCUCCACCAAACGACGUCUUCAUUGAAGUCAAUGAAGAAUCAGAAGCGAUUCUGAUGACGGCACAAAAAAAGAAGUUGAAAAAGAUGAAGCGAGCGAAAAAGUGUGUACCCGGCCAAAUGUAUCGUUUUGGUUUGAGUCAUCCGUGUGCAGACGACGUGAAGUAUGUGAAUGCGUUUACGGUGAAGACUGCGAAGAAGAAUACUCUUGGAUGUGUCUACAUUCCGUGUCCAGACAACCGUCCACCUCGAUUCACCCUACUGUACUCCCACCCAAACGGAUCUGACCUAUCGGAUCAUCUCGUCGGCGUACCAUCACUAAUCGAUAUCGCCCGAUUCUAUCGAUGUGAAGUUUAUAGUUACGAUUAUUCGGGUUACGGUAUCAGUGGAGGUUUCGCGUCCGAAGCCAACUUGUAUGCUGAUAUACGAGCGGUUUAUGAGCACAUUACAAUUGAAAAACACGUGGAUCCGUCUCGUCUGAUCCUCCUCGGAUACUCAAUUGGCUCCGCCGCCACCGUCGAACUCCUCCGGCACCAUCAAAACGAAACAAAUACAAAAAAAGCGGCAGGCGUGAUUCUCCAGGCUCCGCCCACUUCGAUCUUACGGGUAAUUGGAGGUAUGGUGGGACGAAAAAAGCAUCUAAACAAACCGACAUGUUGUAUGGAUCGAUUUGUGACAAUCGAUAAAAUCCCUGAAGUGGAAAUUCCGAUUUUGGUAAUUCAUGGAAAAGAGGACAAAACUGUGCCGAUUGAGCACGGAGAGCUGAUUUGUCAGAAAGCGGUGACUACGGUCCCCCCAGAAUGGGUUCCCGAAGCGGCGCACGACAAUAUUGAGAACUGUCGAGAGGUUUGGAAACGUAUUAGGAGAUUUGUGAAAGUGUAG